AUGGCUAGUUUAGUUGGAACAGAUGAGAUAGAGUCAAUAAGAAAUGAGUUGUCAGAAGUGGGAAGAAGCUUGAGAUUCUCAUUGCGGCGUCUCAGCUCCAGUUUCAGGAGUUCAGUCUUGAGUACUGGAAGGGAUGGUAAUCUUGACGAAGAAACUGCAUUGCAAUGGGCUGCUAUUGAGAGACUGCCUACUUUUGAACGGCUCAGAUCAUCUUUGUUUGAUGAGCCUGAUGGCAAUGAAGCUGAAGAUAAAAGAAAACGAGUGAUUGAUGUUACCAAACUCAGUGCUCCAGAAAGGCAUGUGUUCGUUGAGAGGCUGAUUAAACACAUUGAGCAUGACAACCUUCAAUUGCUUCAGAAAAUGAGAAAAAGAAUGAACAAAGUUGGUUUAGAAUUUCCAUCAGUGGAAGUAAGAUAUGAUGAUCUUCAUGUAGAAGCUGAUUGUGAAGUUGUUGAAGGGAAGCCUCUUCCAACUCUUUGGAAUUCCUUUAAAAGUAGUCUUCCAGACAUUACAAGGCUUCUAGGUGUUAAAUCACUAGUAUCAAAGAUCAGCAUCAUUGAUGGUGUUAGCGGUAUCAUUAAGCCUGGAAGAAUGACUCUCCUGCUUGGUCCUCCAGGAUGUGGGAAGACCACUCUAUUAAAAGCGCUUUCUGGAAAUCUUAACCAAUCACUCAAGGUUACUGGGGACAUUUCAUACAAUGGAUACAAAUUAACAGAAUUUGUGCCUCAAAAAACUUCUGCUUAUAUAAGCCAGUAUGACCUGCAUAAUGGUGAAAUGACCUUAAGGGAAACACUUGAUUUCUCAUUGCGCUGUCAAGGUGUUGGAAGCAGAGCAGAGAUAAUGACUGAGCUUAGUCGAAGGGAGAAAGAGGCUGGAAUUCUUCCUGAUCCAGAUAUUGAUACCUACAUGAAGGCAAGUUCUGUUGAAGGACAAAAGACAACACUUCGAACGGACUACAUUCUAAAAAUACUUGGGAUUGAUACUUGUGCUGACACACUGGUAGGAGAUCCAAUGAGGAGAGGUGUCUCUGGUGGUCAGAAAAAGAGAUUGACAACAGGGGAAAUGAUUGUUGGCCCUACAAGAGCUUUGUUCAUGGACGAAAUAUCAAAUGGAUUGGAUAGUUCAACCACCUAUCAGAUUGUUGCUUGCCUUCAGCAACUAGCACAUAUCCUAGAUGCUACCAUACUCAUUUCACUUCUUCAGCCUGCUCCAGAAACAUUUGAUCUGUUUGAUGACAUUAUCUUGAUGAGUGAAGGAAAGAUUGUCUAUCACGGACCUAGAAGCAGUGCUCUAGAAUUUUUUGAGAGUUGUGGAUUUAGGUGUCCUGAAAGAAAAGGAGUAGCAGACUUCCUACAGGAGGUUAUUUCAGGAAAGGAUCAAGCACAAUACUGGUUUACGACUGAAGAAACUUACAACUAUACCUCUGUUGAUGCAUUUUCAAGAAAAUUUAAACAAUCAUCUUAUGGGGAGAAGCUAAGAGAACAACUAUCUGCACCAUCAGUGAAGUCCAAGAGCCACAAGGAUGCUAUGACUUUUACUGCAUAUUCACUUCCUAAAUGGGAACUUUUGAGAGCAUGUAUGUCAAGAGAAUUCCUGCUGAUGAAAAGGAAUCGAUUCGUCUACAUUUUUAAAUCCGCUCAGAUUUCCAUUUCAGCAUCUAUCUCGAUGACUAUAUUUUUACGGACAAUGAUGAGCUUUGAUCUUCUUCAUGCAAACAAGUACAUGGGAGCUUUGUUCUUCGCGGGUGGCCUGCUUGUUGUUAAUGGACUUCCAGAAUUGUCAAUGACUGUUGGAAGGCUUGCAGUUUUCUACAAACAGAGAGAUUUACUCUUCUAUCCAGCUUGGGCUUAUGCAAUUCCAAGUGCCAUCCUGAAGGUUCCGCUCUCAUUGUUCGAAGCUGUAAUUUGGACAAGUUUGACUUAUUAUGUCAUUGGAUAUGAUCCUGAGAUAGGAAGGUUCUUCCGUCAUUUAAUUGUAUUAUUUGCUCUUCACGUGGCAUCAAUAUCCAUGUAUCGGUUUGUUGCAUCUGUAUGCCGAACUGUGGUUUCUGCCUCGAUGGUUGGUCUCUUGACACUGCUAUUCGUCUUCGCCUUCUGUGGCUUCAUAAUUCCAAGACCCUCCAUGCCAAAUUGGUUAAAGUGGGGCUUUUGGGUUUCUCCACUCUCAUACGGCGAGAUUGGACUCACUCUAAAUGAAUUUCUGUCCUCACGGUGGAAGAAGAUGCUUCCAACAAACACCAGUAUUGGACAAAAAACACUUGAUGCCCGAGGAUUGAACUUUGACGGAUACUUUUUCUGGAUUUCGGUUGGUGCUUUGUUUGGCUUCACUUUACUGUUCAAUCUCGGUUUCACUUUGGCCUUAACAUAUUUAAACCCUGUUGGUUCUCGUGCUAUCAUAUCUAGAGAGAAGUACCUAUCUUCCGAAACUAAAAGAGAUUCAGUCUCUGGUUCAGCAGGAAAAAUGGUUUUACCUUUUGAGCCACUAACUGUGGUGUUCCAAGAUUUGCAGUACUAUGUUGAGACCCCUCUGAAAAGGCUCCAACUUCUUUGUGAUAUUACAGGAACCCUCAGGCCUGGUGUUCUUACAGCACUUAUGGGAGCCAGUGGAGCUGGAAAAACAACCCUUCUUGAUGUACUUGCUGGUAGAAAAACUAGUGGGACUGUAGAAGGAGAAAUAAAGAUUGGAGGGUUUCCCAAAGUUCAAAAGACCUUUGCUCGAAUCUCGGGUUACUGUGAGCAAACUGACAUACAUUCCCCUCAAAUUACUGUAGAAGAAUCAGUCAUAUUUUCUGCUUGGUUAAGACUUCAUCCGCAGAUAGAUUCGGAAACUAAAAUUGAUUUUGUGAAAGAGGUCCUUGAGACCAUUGAACUUGAUGGGAUAAAAGAUGCUCUAGUGGGCAUUCCAGGCGUUAAUGGUUUGUCGACUGAGCAACGCAAGCGGCUCACAAUUGCUGUGGAAUUUGUUGCUAACCCAUCAAUUUUCUUCCUGGACGAGCCUACAACUGGAUUAGAUGCAAGAGCAGCUUCUAUUGUAAUGCGAGCUAUAAAGAAUGUGGCUAGUACGGGAAGAACAAUUGUUUGCACCAUCCACCAACCAGGCAUUGACAUAUUUGAAGCAUUUGAUGAGUUAAUUCUUCUAAAAUCUGGUGGACGUAUGAUCUACUGUGGACCAUUGGGUCAACACUCUAGUGAAGUCAUUCAAUACUUUGAGGGUAUCCCAGGUGUGCCCAAAAUAAGGAAUAAUUACAAUCCAGCAACAUGGAUGUUAGAGGUUACUUGUACGUCUUCCGAAGCUGAGCUUGGAGUAGAUUUUGCUGGGAUCUACAAGCGUUCUUCUUUGUACGAGAAUAACAAAGAACUUGCAAAUACCCUGAGUUCGCCACCUAUUGGGCAUGAAGCUUUGGAUUUUCCAACACAGUAUGCACAAAAUGGUUGGGGACAGUUCAAAACUUGUCUCUGGAAACAACAUUGGUCUUACUGGAGAAGUCCUUCUUACAACUUGAUGCGCUUCAUGUUCAUGAUUAUUACGUCUCUGAUUUUCGGGGCAUUGUUUUGGAAGCAAGGGAAAAAGAUAGAAAAUCAGCAAAACUUAUUCAAUAUACUCGGUUCCAUGUUUAUCGCAAUGUUCUUUUGUGGCGUGUACAAUUCGUCUUCAAUUUUGCCAUACGUCAGCACAGAGCGAACUGUUUUAUACAGGGAAAGAUUUGCAGGAAUGUAUGCUUCUUGGGCUUAUACACUCGCUCAGGUCAUUAUUGAGAUCCCUUAUGUCUUUAUCCAAGUAUUGGCAUUUACGGUAAUCACAUAUCCAAUGAUUGGGUAUUAUUGGUCAGCUUACAAGGUUUUUUGGUACAUCUACUCGAUGUUCUGUACCUUGCUGUUCUUCAAUUGUACCGGCAUGAUGAUCGUCUCAAUUACACCAAGCUUUCCAGUGGCUGCAGUUCUACAAUCAGCUUUUUACAAUAUCUAUUACCUUGUUGCCGGAUUUCUGAUUCCUCGGCCACAAAUUCCAAAGUGGUGGGUAUGGUUAUACUAUUUAGCUCCUACAUCUUGGACACUGAAUGGAAUGCUUACGUCCCAAUAUGGAGAUAUUGACAAGCCGAUUGAGGUGUUUGGAGAGCCUACAACAGUAUCCAAAUUUUUGAGGGACUACUUUGGAUUUCAUCAUGAUCAACUACCUAUGGUGGCUGUUAUCUUAAUUCUGUACCCAAUUGUUUUAGCUUGCCUGUUUUCAUAUUUUGUUUCAAAGUUAAACUUCCAAAAGAGAUGA